CCCCUUUUCACCCUUUAUAAUCGCUGCUGUUCUUCUUCAUCUUCACCCCGAAAAAAGGAUUCUCCUAAAACCUAACAAUGGCUGCAAAAUCACUGCUUUUAUUCUCUCUAUCCCUCUUCCUCGCCCAAGCAUGGGCAGCCGACAUGUCAAUCAUCUCCUACGACGAGGAGAAGCUGAAUUUGAUGUACGAGUCGUGGACCGUGAAGCACGGCAAGUCGUACAAUGCCCUAGGCGAGAAGGAGAAGCGCUUCCAGAUUUUUAAGGAGAAUUUGAGGUACAUCGAGGAGCAGAACACCGUGGAGGGGCGGACCUACAAGCUAGGUCUCAAUCGCUUCGCCGAUCUGACCAAUCAGGAGUACCGGAGGAUGCAUCUCGGGACGAAGCGGCGUUCGGCGCUGCGGCUCGGCGCGACGAAGAGCGAUCGCUACGCCUUGAGGGAAGGUGAUUCCUUGCCGGAAUCCGUUGACUGGAGAACCAAGGGCGCGGUGGCGCCGGUGAAGGAUCAGGGCAGCUGUGGAAGUUGCUGGGCGUUCUCUACUAUUGCUGCUGUGGAAGGAAUCAACCAGAUCAAAACUGGAUCUUUGGUCUCUCUUUCCGAGCAAGAGCUAGUGGAUUGUGAUACGUCCUAUAACCAAGGGUGCAAUGGUGGUCUUAUGGAUUAUGCAUUCGAGUUUAUCAUAAAAAAUGGUGGCAUCGACUCUGAAGAGGAUUAUCCUUACACAGGAAGGGAUGGCAAAUGUGAUACUUACAGGAAAAACGCCAGAGUUGUAUCCAUUGAUGGUUAUGAAGACGUACCCGUAAAUGAUGAGAAGGCGCUGCAGAAGGCGGUUGCUAACCAACCAAUUAGCGUUGCCAUUGAAGCCGGUGGAAGGGACUUCCAGCUCUAUCAAUCAGUAAGUUCUGUCUUCAUUGGCACAUUAAUACGUCUCAUCAUUAGCUGGGCAUUGUAUAGUAGUUCAAUUAAUCUUGGUGGUUUCAGUACAUGAUUACUUACAUCACCUUCCGAA